AUGGUUACAACAAAUGCUGCUGGACGCACCGAAGUGCAUGAAAUGAACGGAGGCGAUUUGAAGCCGGAUCUAGUUUACUUUCCGUGCAUUGAAAAGGAUUGCAAAUACAUAGGGCCAAACGCCGCAGCACUUCGCAAGCACUGUGAAAGAUGCGACCCAGGGAUUGUUGAUCAUAACGAAAAUGUUGUUGCCUGGAACUUCGACAUGUUAAAAUCUUCUCUACUUUCAGUUUCUUCACUUUAUAUCGAACGUUUGCGUCAUCAUCUUUUCAACGUACUACACUGCCAUGAUAUAUUAGGCUCUGAGUUGUUCUUUUUUCUAGGAACGUACUCAUUAUGUUUGUGGACAUGACUUGCUACGUUAUCAGUUAUUGUA